AUGGGGAAACUGCUGAAAAACGAGGACGAAUUCAAUCAAUUCGUCAAAACGACCGAAUAUGCUCUGGUGCAUUUCUCUGCGAAAUGGUCAGAAAUGUGUGAGCAGCUCAAUAAUUUAUUAUUAGAAUUUGAAGAUGAAAUGAAGUGUUUUGAUUUUGCUGUAGUUGAAGCAGAGGAAGUUGCCGAAAUAUCGAUUGCAAAUAAAAUUAAUGUAGCUCCAACCAUUCUGUUUUUUAAGAAAGGGAAAGAAGUUGAUCGUUUACAAGGGUUCAAUCCAGCUGAAUUAAGAAUAAAAAUCAUCAAGCACAAUUUUGUUGAAGGCGUCGCUAGCAUGACAAAAAAACCAAUUGGUGAUGAAAAAAAUAAUUUGAAUGACAGGAUGAAAUCAUUGAUCUUUCAAUCUCCUCUCAUGCUCUUUAUGAAAGGAACACCGGAUAACCCAAAAUGCGGAUUUAGCAGUCAAAUUGUCAAUCUUCUACGUGGAGUCGAUGCAGAUUUUUCAAGUUUUGAUGUGCUGGAAGAUGAUGAGGUGCGACAGGGAUUGAAAGACUAUAGCCGCUGGCCCACAUUUCCACAGCUUUAUUUGAACGGAGAGCUUAUUGGUGGCCUAGAUAUUUUCAAAGAAGAGUUAAAGAACCCUGACUUUUGCAAUAAAUUGCCGAAGUUGAAGAACAAUAAUGGAAGAUUAAAAGCAUUGAUCAAUCAGACUCCCUUGAUGCUUUUCAUGAAAGGAAGUCCUGAAGCACCUAAGUGCAAAUUCAGUAAAAAGAUCAUUGAGCUGCUGGAUGGGAUUAACGCAAAUUAUUCAUCUUUUGAUAUUCUUAAAGAUGAUGAGGUACGAGAAGGAUUGAAAGAAUAUAGCAACUGGCCAACCUAUCCGCAGCUGUAUUUGAAUGGUGAACUGAUCGGUGGUUUGGAUGUGGUAACAGAAGAGUUAAAAAAUCCGCAUUUUAUGGAGAAAUUACCUAGACAGAGUUGA